AUGUCCACAGACAGCCGACCUCUCCGAAUCGCAAUCAUCGGUGGUGGACCCGGUGGUCUUGGUGCUGCCAUUGCUCUGUCUACGCUUCCAAAUGUUGAGUUGACCCUCUAUGAGCAGGCUCAUGAGCUUCGGGAGAUAGGAGCAGGAAUUCGAAUCGGGUACAAUUGCUGGCGCGUUCUUGAGCUAUUAGGUGUGGAUGCAGACGUUAAAGGGCAUUUGAAGUCAGAAGUCAUUCACCGAAACGGCCUGAGCGGGCAGCUCCUGAAACAAACGAGCCCAUCUCCUCUGCUGCCGCUGAAGUACCACCCUCGCAGAGUAAGGAGAACGCGACUCCAGGGUGCACUACUCAAGCAUGUCCCACGAGGCAUUAUUCAUUUGAGUAAACGGCUGGUAUCGCUGGAGAAUCUCCAAAAUGGCGUGCGCUUGCUCUUCGAAGAUAAGACGUCCGCCACAGCCGACCUUGUAAUUGGAGCUGACGGUAUCAGAUCUGUGGUACGAGAGCAUGCAUUUCCAGAUCAUAAGAUAAAGUUCACAGGAACUACAGUCUGGCGCGUUCUUAUCCCUAAAAGUUCAAUCUCCCACAUCCCUGACGUGAGUGAGUCAACAUCCUGGUGGCAUGGUCCCUCUGGCCAUGCGUAUUUUUCACCAGUCGAUGACCCCUCAGAAACUGCUCCGGAGGACGAGAAGUUCGAGAUAUCAGUUAGAUACGUGGUAGACCCAGAGAUGGAUAAGGAAAGGCGUUUUAGCUGGGGAAUUCCAGCGACAAACGAACGGGUCGCGGCUCAUUUCACGAAUUACGACAAGCGAGUUCGGGAAACUCUGGCGCAAGUUCCUCGGGGCGAGUGGAAGGAAUUUGCUGCGUUUGCGGGACCUAGACUGAAGACACUCACGAAAUGGGAUAAGAUUGUUCUAAUUGGGGACGCAAGUCAUCCACUGUCUGGCGCCUUCGGUUCGGGGGCAGCUUUCGCUCUUGAAGACGGUUGGAUCCUUGCCCGCACCCUGAAACACACGAAUGCGACCUUGCAGCCUUCGCAGGAGUCACUUGGAGAAGCUUUAUCGAUCUUUGAUGCGUUGAGGUCCCCUUAUUAUCUUCGAAUGUACGAUCAUCUGGACGGUCAAAAGCAAAAAGUGCAAGAUGCGAAGGCCAAGUCAGAUAGUUUUGAAUACAUUCUUCAAGCGAGAGUAGAAUCCUUCGAAGCUGGUAAAGAAAUGGACUGGAUUUACGGAAAUGAUAUCGAACAAGUAUGGAGAGAAUGGUUGGACAAUCAGAACUCGGAUAAGAAAGGUAAUAGGAUUAGUCCUAGCCUUUAA